AUGGACAGAAAUAAAACAGGGGUCCUCGCUCUUCGCUGGCUUCCUUCGCCUCCGCUUCCCCCGAUUUUUUUGGUUGCAGGGAUCCCCCUGGGCCACUCGGCACCCUCCAGAUGUUGGACUGACCUCCCACCAUUCGCGCCUGGGGCUGAUGGGAGCUGGAGCCCAACAACACUUGGGCGGCCCAGCGGUGCUUCAGGUAAGGGGUUUUCGGGAGGCUGGGAACCAAGAUGCUUGGCCUGUUUUCCCCGCCGGACAUUUCAUGGCAACGGACGAGGCGCAGACAGGAAGUCGCCGAGGAAACUAUCGAAACAGUUGCUGGGGGGGCCCCGCUCGGUUUCCGGGGCUGCGGAGGCGCAGCCCAGUCAUAGAAACCCAACCUCUGCAAAAACCCAACCUCCGCACGCCGCGCCGUGUUCAUCUCGUUGGCGAGGCCCUGACCUGGCUGGACCUGAGAGUAUGAUGGCUCACAGCCAGGCAAGGAAAAGGUUUCGGAGCAGGAGCCGAAGCGACUCCCAGAGCAGGCGAGAUGUGGAGGAGAAGGAGAAGAAAAGGAGGAAAAGCAGCAAAGAAUCCCAGGGGAGGAUAAGGAGUUUGUCUCCUGCCAGCAAAAGAGGAUCUGAGCCCCCCCGGGUCCAGAUGGGCUCAGCCUCCAGCAAAGAAGUGAAAAAGAAGAAGAAAGAGAAGGAGAAGAAGAAGAAAAGGAGAAGAGGCAGCAGCAGCAGCAGCUCCUCUUCCUCCGAGACCAGCUCCUUGUCUUCUGGAUCGUCCUCCUCUUCUGAUUCCUCUCCAGAUGUGUCAGGCAACGAGGAAUCCAACCGCAAAAGGAGGAAGCAGAGCAAGAAGAAGCUAAGCAAAGAGAAAGAUAAAAAGCAAAAGAGGAAGAGGAAGAGGAAAACCAAGAAGAAAGCAAAGAAUAAAUCAAAGGGGAGGGAGAAAGAGGGAGAAACAAAGGCAGAGGUAGUCCCUGGACCUUCCCUGGACCAGUGGCAGAAAGAGACGCUGGGAGACUCCGGGCCAGCCCUGACGGACGAGCAGAAAUCCCGCAUCCAAGCAAUGAAGCCUAUGACAAAAGAGGAAUGGGACGCCAGGCAGAGUGUGAUAAGGAGAGUCGUUGACCCUGAAACAGGAAGAACAAGGCUUAUUAAAGGUGAUGGCGAGGUCCUUGAGGAGAUCGUUACUAAGGAGAGGCAUAAAGAAAUUAACAAGCACGCCACGCGGGGAGAUGGCCUUUCCUUCCAGGCGAGGAUGGGGAUGCUGCAGUGAUAACAGGAUGGUCUUCAGAGAUGGUUUUAUUCCCAGCUGCAGCAGCUUUGCCAAAACCAGGCACCGCACUCCCCCCGCCCAACACCCAUCCCCAUGGAAUAUGCAUGCCAGUGCCAUCAGGACUGAGAACUGCUGGGGCAGGAAGAUGCCCAGAUUCAUCAGCUCCUAGUACAAAUCCUUCUGUUUUGCAGUUCUCCCCUGUGAGGCUCUCCGAUUGCUGCCUCCAGCAUGUUUCCUCAUCAAGGCACCUCCCUUAGCAGUGAAAAACCGUGAAAAUAAUUAUCCCAAAGCAAAAGGGAAGUGAGCAAAAACAGAAGACCCAGGUCACUGGAAAGGAAGCGAUGGAAGUCUGACAGCAAUGCUUUUAUUGCUCUGCCUGCCUCCAAGGCAGAUGGACCAAGUGCAAAGUGGGCUGGAGGCUUCUGGUUUUGAUCCUGCUUCUUGCCUCUAUCCUGUGUGGGAGGGGACUUUUUUUCUAAAGCUCAGCCCAGCUACUUCCUAGCUGGCUUCAUGGUGUCUAGGCUCUGAAACCUCAAAAUCAAGGGGCGAGGAAGCAGCUAGAGUACAGCUCUACAUCUAUUGCUGAAGUAGGGGGAGCACCAGCAGCUGCAACCUACCUCCUCCUGCUCCAGGCCGAGGGUGUUUCAUGCUCUUGGGUUCUGCUGGGAAGAGUUAGAGCAGGGUAAGGGCAUGCAGUUCUCACACAGGUCCACUCUUGCUGUGCCCCUCUAGCAUCUCUAGCUGAGCAGCAUCUGCUCAGGCGUGGGGCUUGGCGAGGUGGCUGGUCAGCCAAGUUCUGCUGCUGUCUCACCUUUUCUUGUGCUCUAGCCCGACAACUCAGCCUCUGCCUAAGGGCAGAAGGGCACCAUAGUGGUGAGAUCAGGCUGUUCUGGUUUCCAGCUUCACACUUACACCUACCUAAUACAGGAACAGGAAUGCAUUGAGGCUUCCUUAACAGGUCUACAUGGUAACACUUUUCUGCUGCAGCGUUAGCUAGAUAUGUUGCAUUAAGCUCUGGAUUCUGAAAAGUGCUGACACCUGCUGUGUUCACGGGAAAUUCAAAGCCUUGACCCUUUAAGGGCACCACACAAUUUGCUUCCUUGCUAGAGGGCCCUCGUGCGUCCUUGUGCCAACAGCUAUGCAAUUGGCAAGCAUGUCAUCCUUUCAGGAGCGACUCUGUCCAUGCUGCUUUGCUUUGUUUCCAGGCUCCAUUUGGGCAGAUUACAUAUUUGGUGUAUCUCUGUAUGCCAGGAGUAGCCAAAUGUUUUUGGCCCGAGUGCCAAACAUUGCCAAUCCUCUGAGGGUUGCAUGCCUGUGACACACCACACACACACACAUACACAAUCACACAGGUACACAAAACAUCUCCAUCACUAUGAUGGUUAUUUCUUUAUUGAAGCACCGGGUUAGGUGGAGAGGUUUAAAUCUCUGUUCUCAGGGCAACACUGUGGUAGGAUUGUUGCAGAGGUUUAAACUGUGCAUGUUACUGGCACGAGCAGUUGAUUAAGUUGGGGGGGGGGGAUGAGAAAGGCUACAAUGCCAAAAUGUUGGGGGGGGGGAAGCAUGCUGAGUCUGCCAGAGACCCUUAGAGCAACAGUGUUGUUGCUGGGAUGCUAGACCCCACACCCACCCCUUUCCUUAAAGGUAUGGUAAGGGAAUUGUUAAGCAGCUCUCCUGAGGCAACACCGUGUAGGAGCUGGCCGUGGUUGUUUACUCACCAACUUUUGGUAAUCAAACAAACGUCAGGCAUGUUUGUGUGAAAUUCAUUUUAAUUAUAUCCUGUUAAUUAUUUACGCAGUGCUGAACAAUAAUUCACACUUUGCCCUUAUUCCUCCAAAGAAGAGCCAAGUGCAUGAAUUGUUGCUUUAACUCUUUUUCAUCGAAACUAACACUCAUUAAAAAAAAAUGCUUCACUUUAC